GUUGUGUUGGUGGCCAAUCGAAGCAAUCGAGGAUGCCGCGCAAAGGAGGGAAGCGAAAAAAGACUAGGACCCAUGUGGCCACCGGGGCCGCCACGAACGCGGACGACAAAACCCCCAAGAGUUUUGUGUUCAAGAUGGGCAAGGCGCCGGCGUGCGUCUUGUCGUUGGUUCAAGACAUGCGUCAAGUGAUGUUGCCGUUCACGGCCGACCGCCUUCGUGAAAAGAAGAAGAACACCAUCCAGGACUUUGUGCAUGUAGCAGCUCCGUUGGGCGUAUCCCAUUUCCUCGCGUUCACCAACACGGAUGCAGGUACCAACAUGAAGCUCGUGCGUCUUCCUCGCGGCCCCACGCUCUCGUUCAAGGUUGAAAGCUAUUCGUUGAUGAAACACAUCCAGCGCAUUCAAAAGCGUCCCGUCGAUGCUUCGUUGGCGUUCAAAACGUCGCCGUUGGUGGUCCUCAAUAACUUUACUGGCCCAGAAGACCACAUCAAGUUGCUCAACGCUACGUUUCAAAACAUGUUUCCCGCCAUCGACGUACAGACGAUCCAGCUCACCGAGUGCCGCCGCGUGGUGCUGUUCCAUUACGACAAGGACGCGGACGUUGUCGAGUUCCGUCAGUUUGUCAUCCGAGCCAUGCCCCUCGGCCUGUCCAAGAGUGUCAAGACACUGGUCAAGUCGCGCGUGCCCAACCUAGGCAACAUGGAAGACAUUGCCGACUUUGUGUUUGGGGGCACCAACACCGGCAUGACGUCCGACAGCGAGGUCGACGACGAAGCCGCCCACGUGGUGCUGCCCGAUAAGUUUCGUGGUCGUGGCAACCAAAAGUCCGAGAGAAGUGCGGUGCGGUUGGCCGAGGUGGGACCGCGUAUGACGCUCAAGUUGACCAAGGUCGAGCGCGACAUGUGCGACGGCGACGUGUUGUACCAUGCUUAUGUGCAAAAGACCCCCGAGGAAGCCGCCAAGCUCAAGGCGAAGAAGGACAUGGCGAAUGCAUUGAAACGCAAGCGCCGCGAAGAGCAAGAAGAGAACGUGAGCAAGAAGGAGCACGCAAAGGAAGAGAAGAAGCUGGCGAAGGCCACCAAGAAGAACGCCGUCGAGAACAAGCGCCGCCAACUCAUGCAGUACGCCAACACGGAGGAAGUGAGCGACCUCGAAGAUGCCGAGUACUACCGCCAGGAAGUGGGCGAAGAGCCCGACGCGUACAUGUUUUCAGACCGCAAACUCAAGGAGCCCAAGAAGCCGUUUGUGAAAAAGAAGUUUGGCACGACCACCAGUCGUCGCGACAACAACGACAAAGGAAAAGGCAAGUUUGCCAACAAGAAGGAAGGCGCCAAGUCCACGUUCAACAAGUUCAAAGGCCAAAGCGGUGGCGGCGCCAAGAAAGGCGGCGGGGCCAAAAAGUCUGGCGGCCGGCGAAAGUUUGACCGACAAUAAUACCAUAUUAUUCGCAACAAAGUAGGAUUGAUUGUCCUCGUGAUGGGAGAAUAUUGCACUUGACGAACUUGUAUGUAAUCGGCUG